AUGAAACAUGCAAAAGCACCAGUCUUGAACAUGACCGGCAUCUGCCAUAUGGUCAUCCUUCUUGGAUUUGUGACUCUUGGCACAAGCUCACCAUUGAACAUCCCAUCCUCUACUCUGACCUCGCCGCGAACUACUGUGGCCUCUACCUCCACAGAGACGAACACCAUGGUUCAGGAUGCCCAAAAAUGGAUGCCAGAUCUCGCUUUCCAGCAGGAGAAGUCUGAAGAAGAGAAAUACAUGUAUAUCGAAUUUAUUACCAACGAAGACGAGCGUUCCUUUACCAACGUGCCUUUCAUAAUUCGCCCGGCAGAGUGUCAUCUCAUCGACAAUCCGUCCGUGUUCGGCGUCGGAGACCACCAAGUCCGCAUAUGCCCAUACAAUUUAAUGAACGAUAUACUCGAGUGCCAGGUCUUCAAGACUCUCGACUGCAAAAAUGGCUCGUGGGCUUUACGAGCCGAUGACUAUUUGCCUAAGACCACCGAUGGAGGACUGUGGCUGGGCUAUAAAUGUUGGGCGACAGGUGAAAAUUGGCUGUCGAAGUCCAAGCAGCUUAUCAACAGCCCGACACUGUACCCAACGGCGACGCCUAUUGUUACAGCAGUAGAGCCUUCUACUACAGACUGA